ACACGGGAUGAACACGGCAGGCUCCAGGCUGACCCAAAACGGUUCCCCAGCGGGAUCCGCAAGCUAGCUGACUACGUCCACUCCAAGGGGCUGAAGCUGGGAAUCUACAGCGAUGUCGGGAACAAGACAUGCGCUGGCUUCCCUGGCAGUUACAACCACUAUGACCUGGACGCCCAAACGUUUGCUUCCUGGGGCGUGGACCUGUUGAAGUUUGACGGCUGCAACUCUGACACACUGGAGCUGCUGGCAGAAGGUUACAGGCGCAUGUCUCUGGCCCUGAACAAGACUGGAAGGAGCAUUGUGUACUCCUGUGAGUGGCCUUUCUACUUGAGGCCUGUGCAGCAGCCCAAUUACACGGAGAUCAAACAGUACUGCAAUCACUGGAGGAACUUUUUUGAUGUCUAUGAUUCCUGGAGCAGCAUCAAGAGUAUCUUGGACUGGACAGCACGUCACCAGGACAGCAUUGUGAAGAUAGCUGGGCCAGGGGGCUGGAAUGAUCCUGACAUGCUGGUGAUUGGAAACUUUGGGUUGAGCUGGGACCAGGCAGUGACUCAGAUGGCAAUGUGGGCUAUUAUGGCAGCUCCCCUCUUCAUGUCCAAUGACCUGCGGCACAUUAGUCCUGAGGCCAAGUGGCUGCUCCAGAACAAAGAGGUGAUCGCCAUCAACCAGGAUCUGCUGGGCAAGCAGGGAUACCAAAUCCUCAAGGACAGGAACUUCGAGCUGUGGGAGCGGCCCUUGUCUGGCCAAGCCUAUGCCCUGGCAGUGCUGAACCAGCAGGAGAUUGGGGGACCCCAAAACUUCACCUUCCCCCUCACCUUCCUUGGCAAUGGGCUGGCCUGCAACCCAGCGUGCUCUGUCCAGCAGGUCCUGCCAGCCAGCAGGGACUGGGGGGUUCACAGCUGGGUCUCCUCCCUAAGUGUGGAGGUGAACCCAACAGGCACCGUGCUGCUGAAAGUAGUGGCAGUAUAGGAGGCACAAAGACAAUCUUUUCGUAAGCCUCAGACUGUCUAAACUUCUUGUC